UAUGUAGUGAGCAGAGCUGCUGUAUGUAGUGAGGUGUCGAGGGAAGGGGAGAGAUAAAGAGAGAGAGAGAGAGAGAUAGAGAGGGAAUUCGUGCAUUUAACUCGUAUUUGCACACUUUCAGCAGGGUGUAGGAGGUGUGGAGGAGUGAGGAAGUGUGGAGGGAGUUCUGGGGAGGACAGUAAUCUCUCAGGAACCCGGUCAGUGCGGAGGAACCGGCUGAGGAACUGCAGGAGCUGAAGAUCUCACAGAAGCAGAUCACCAUGAAUUUCCUGGUGGAGACGCUUCGCCUGAUCGUCUUUUCCAUCUACUACCUGCUGGAAGCUUUGGUAAAGAUGUUCAUUCCGAUCAGGAAAAGCAUCGCCGGAGAGACGGUCCUCAUCACGGGAGCAGGAAGUGGGAUCGGGCGGCUCUUGGCGGUGGAGUUGGCGGGAAUGGACGUUACGGUGGUGCUGUGGGACAUUAAUGUGGAGGGUCUGAAGGAAACGGCUCGGGCGAUGAAGGAAAAGGGAGCUAGCAGGGUUCACUACUACAGGACGGACUGCAGCGACAGGGCUGAGGUGUACCGAGUGGCAGAUCAGGUCAAACGAGAAGUUGGAGACGUGACCAUUCUCGUAAACAAUGCUGGCAUUGUUACUGGCAAGAAGUUCAUGGAUUCUCCAGAUUCUCUUAUUGAGAAGACUUUCCAGAUUAACACAAUGGCACACUUCUGGACGUAUAAAGCAUUCCUCCCGGCGAUGACUGAGAAGAACCACGGGCAUCUGGUUUCGGUUGCCAGUUCUGCAGGCCUGAUCGGUGUGAACGGUCUGGCAGAUUACUGUUCCAGUAAGUUUGGUGCGGUGGGCUUUGCUGAGUCCGUGGCUCUGGAGCUCGUUGCCUCGGGGAAAGAUGGCAUUAAAACCACCAUAGUCUGCCCUUUCUUCAUCGACACGGGCAUGUUCGAUGGCUGUGGUACAAAAUGGCCUCGUCUGCUUCCCGCCCUGAAGCCGGAAUACGUGGCGAAGAAGAUUGUGAACGCCAUUCAGACAGACCAGACCUACCUUUAUCUGCCGAGAGCCAUUUACGCUUUAAUGUUUGUAAAAAACUUGGUGCCGUUUAAGGAGGCCGUGAUUCUGGGGAUGUACUUCGGAGCUUUUAACUUCAUGGACUCUUUUAAAGGAAGACAAAAGAAGGAGAAUUAGACUGAAGCCCAGACGGCUGCAUUCACACUACAAUUCAGAUUUUUCACUCAGAUCAGAUUUGUGUGUCUAAACAGCACAAACCGCUCGGAUUCCCGCACUUCUGGCACUCUGGAUUUAAUAAGGUUGUUGUUUAUCGCAGGAAAAAAGACAAUUAGAAAUCCGAAUUAAGCGUCCAGAGCCCCCAGACUGAGACACAUUUGUACAAAUCUGAGUGUAAACGCAUUUUAAAAUAUGUCAAAAAUCUGUCCUUUUGGUCUGGCAAUGUGAACGAAUUAUACAUAUCGUUAUAAAAUAUUUUUACAAUUUUUUAAGUGAGAAAGACGAUUUUUUAAAAUGAUAUUAUGUAUUAGUAUUUGAAUUAGCAUGAAAUAAAACCUGUUGACUUAAAAC